GCAGAAGUGCUGUGCUGCAGCAUGGAGGCCUAGGGGAGAUUUUGGGCUGAACCCUCAUUUCCUCUGUGUGGGGCUCAGUGCACACCCUUAGACCUGAUGGGGCUUGGCCAUACCCUGUGGUGAGAGCCCCUCCCUGCUGGGCCUGCAGGUCACCCUCUCCUUGCCACCCCCAGCGUGUCCAGAUCCCAAAUCCAGCAGCAGGUCAGAAGACAGAGCACCUGGGUCCUUGUCUUCUGUCUCGGAGCCCCCUGCUUGUGAGGGAUGGGGGACUGGAGCAUGCCCAUCGGCUCGCUGGGUGAGGAAGUGGUGGCCCGGCUGUGUGAGCUACUGGAUAACGCCGGCCGGGGCUGGCGCAAGCUGGCUGAGCUGGCCGGGGCCGAGAAACGCUUCAAGUGCAGCGCCGAGGAGCUGGAGAUGUGCUCGCUGAAGGUGCUGGAGCCCCGCGGCAGCCCCACCCAGUGCCUGCUGCAGCUCCUGGCCGAGCGCGACUGCACCCUCAGGUACCUGCUGGGCUGCCUGGAGCGCAUGGGGCACGAACAGGCCUGCAGAGUCCUCAGCUCCGCCGUACAGGAUGUGAUUCGCAUCACGGUGCAGCCAGAGUCACAGGUGGUGGCAGAGGGGACACAGGUGUCCCUGACCUGCUGUGCGACUGGCCCACCAGGGCUCGUGUACCAGUGGUUCUGUGGGAGGCAGGAGGUGCCUGGAGCCACAUCCCCAGAGCUGGUGAUUGACACAGCCACCCCAGUGGGCCAGCCUGAGUGGUACAUCUGCCGUGUGAACUGUGGGGCCACUUUCACCUUCUCCAGGUGGGCUCAUGUCCAGGUGGAGAAGAGAAGCAGCCCCAGCUCAGGUGGGCAGUGGCUACUGCUUGACCACAGCGGGGCUGCAGAUCCUGCAGCAGCCGCGGCCGUGCCGCCUGGCCGAGGGGGACACGCUGGCCUGGAGUGCAGAGCCAUUGGCAACCCCCCACCCCAGUACCAGUGGUUCAGGAACCGGCGCCCUGUGGAAGGGGCACAGGCACCCCAGCUCCAGGUGAAGCUGGUGACAACGGCUGAGCGGGGCAGCUACUCCUGCCGUGUGUUCAACCUCUUCCACGAGGUGUGGAGCCAGGAGGUGGACGUGGAGAUCGGCCCACGGCUCUUCACCUCUGGAGGCUCCUGGCAGGAGGGGGAUGGAGGCUCCCUAGAGUAUGGCAGCCCUGGACAACUGUAUGCCACGGACAAAGUGGCGCUGCUGAUUGGCAACAUGCACUACCUGCACCACAAGCAGCUGCAGGCGCCCAUCGUGGAUGUUCAUGCCCUUGGUGCCCUCCUCCACCAGCUCGACUUCAAGGUGGUGUCACUGCUGGACCUGCGCAAGGCCGAGAUGCAGAUGGCUGUCGAUGAGUUCCUCCUCCUCCUUGACAAGGGGGUCUACGGUUUGCUCUACUAUGCCGGGCAUGGCUAUGAAAAUUUUGGCAACAGCUUCAUGGUGCCCAUUGAUGCACCCAGCACCUACACAUCAGAGCACUGCCUGUGUGUGCAGCGGGUGCUGCGGGAGAUGCAGCAGCGCCGCACCAGCCUCAACAUCUUCCUGCUUGACAUGUGCCGCAAGAGGAACCUCAAUGAUGAUGUCAUCCCGCAGGUUGGGGCGCUGGAGGUCACGGCCAACAUCGUCUUUGGCUAUGCCACGUGUGCAGAUGCCGAAGCCUAUGAGCUGAGCCAGGGUGAGUUCUCCAACGGCAUCUUUGUAACAUUCCUCAAGCGCUGGCUGCUGGAGGAUGAGAAGAUCACGGUGCUGCUGGACAAAGUGGCUGAGGACAUGGGCACUCUGGAGAUCACACGGGGACGGCAGGCACUGGAGCUUCGCAGCAACCUCUCAGAGAGACGGGCUCUGACAGACCCCAUCCGCCCCCCGGGCCAGGAUGAGUCCUCUGCCAGGAACCUGCAGUGGGCCAAGGCUCAUGUCCUGCCAGAGAGCCGGCACCUCUGCUUUGACUGCGGUGUCACCGUCCAGCUGGCCUUCGCAGCUGAAUUCUCCAACAUUAUGAUCAUCUACACGCGUGUGGUGGCGGUCCCCAAGGACAUCACCAAGUGUGAGGCCCGGCUCACUGAUAUUCCCGAGGAGCUAGAUGUGGACCUCAAGUGCACCAACAAGGAGAGCCCAGAGGAAUUGGGCAGCCCACUGGCACCCGUCUGGAGCCUCAGCUGCCCCUCCUGCUGCCUCUAUAGCCGGAUUUGUGGCUUGCAGAAGCUGCGGCAGGAGCUGGCCUUCACUGUGUGCCUGCAGUACCGCUACCAGGGCAUGGACGACUUUGUGGAGGAGCGGCAGCGGGUGAACGUGGGGCGGCCGCUCAUCGCCAAGCUCAACCUGCAGUGGGCAGCCUCCCCCUCACCACCCCACAGUCCCCUUUUCUCCUCUCCCCAUGGGAGCUGGGGGGUGGUGGAGAGCUCGUGGGUAAACACCCCUGAGGAGAACCUGAGCCCCGAGGGCCCCAGCUCCCACACCCCGUAGAGGGACAGUGAGGCUCCCCCUCUCUGUCACUGCAGUCCCCUGAUGCCAUGUCAUCCUGCUGGGGGCCAGGGGAUGGAGGGGGCAAAGGUGACAUUGCCAGAGGCUGGGCUCCAUCCUGGCCUGUGCCAGGGGGUGCAGGUCUCACAGCACAGCACAGCUGGGACUGUGGGCUCCAGCCACAUGUCCCUGGCAUGGCAGUGCUUCCCCCCCCAUCCCUGGGCAGUGCCAGUCCCCAUCCCUGGGCAGUGCCAGUCCCCAUCCCUGGGCAGUGCCAGUUCCCCAUCCCUGGGCAGUGCCAGUUCCCCAUCCCUGGGCAGUGCCAGUCCCCAUCCCUGGGCAGUGCCAGUCCCCAUCCCUGGGCAGUGCCACCCCCCAUCCCUGGGCAGUGCCAGUUCCUCAUCCCUGGGCAGUGCCAGUCCCCAUCCCUGGGCAGUGCCAGUUCCCCAUCCCUGGGCAGUGCCAGUCCCCAUCCCUGGGCAGUGCCAGUUCCCCAUCCCUGGGCAGUGCCAGUCCCCAUCCCUGGGCAGUGCCAGUUCCCCAUCCCUGGGCAGUGCCAGUUCCUCAUCCCUGGGCAGUGCCACCCCCCAUCCCUGGGCAGUUCCUGCCCCACGUGCCAAGCCACCACCAGGCAGCGCCAGGGGCAGAGUGCCCAGAGAGCACAGCUCAGCGGGCUCGAGGUGUCGUGCCGGGGCAGGUCUAGGUUCGUUCAGGCCUGGGAGAAAUAGAGAGAAAUAAGCAGCUUAGGGGGCAAAUCCCGCGGGAGGAGAUUACAGGGGGUGGGAGCGGGAGGGCUCCUGUUCGGCCACGAGGGGGUGGGAGCAUCCCCUGGUGCUCCCAGCGCUACCAGUAGCACCCACUCCUCACAGGACAAGUCCAGGAACCGGCCCUAUCUGGGCAGUAAGCGAUUUCAAGACAGGAUUGGGAUCUAAGGGGGGAAAAAAGCCUUUUUGCUUGUAUUUUUGCCAAACAAACCCCCACAUGCUGGGGCAGGCUCCAGCGGGUAUCCACGGGGGAAAGCACCAAUAAAGCGGUCCGGCCAGGCGGCUCGGC